GUUUCACCACACGGAUUGACGAUUGGAUUGACCACCAUUUUCCUCUUCACAUCGUCGCCCAUUUUAUUGUUUUGUGGCUAGUUGGUGGUUUUUAUUUCAAAGCCAGCUGUUAUCUUUUAGUUGUUUUCAAAGUUCCUUUCAUUGUGCAUAAAGGGUGGGCGGUGCGUUGUCUUAGGUUUCGGCCGGACUAGCGUAUCGUCCGGACUUUGUGCCACUAAGAAGACCAAAUUUCGAGAUUUCGACCUUGUGGUACUAAUAUAAUCAAGCCACGAUGACCCGGGGAAAUCAAAGAGAUUUGGCUCGUGCUAAGAACCAGAAGAAGCAGCAGGAGUUAGCCAAGAAGAAAAAUGCUAAUGAUAAAACAGGGCUGUCUUUAUCUGAAAGGAAACAUAGGGAUGCUGAACUAAUGCGAGAGAAGCAACGGAAAAAGGAGGAACAAGAGGGCCCCCACCAAAAACAAGCUGUAAAUUAGUAUUUUAUUCUUAUGAACAAUCACAAGGAAAUUAGUUUUUUGAAGAGGUGAAAUGGUUCAAGUGAUAACACAACAAGCAAUUUAAAUAAGAAAUAUUUGUAUAAUAUUUUUUUUUAUAAUUCUUUGUUAAUUAUUCUGAGUUCCAAGUUCCAACAUAAAGCUAAUAAUGCCACCAUUAAGCUUUUUUCUUUAUAUUAUAAUAAGUAACAACUAUUGUUCACAAGCUUUUCACAAUAUUAUGAUCUGAAUAGUGUGCUAAAUAACAUCUUCUGUAUCUUAGCAUUUAUGCAACUUCAAGUUAAUUUGACUGAAUAUGUUUGUAUGUAUACUACUACUCAAAAUACCCCUUUUUUGUACAAUAAAGUAUUAGAAUAAGUACAAAA